UUCUCAUUUAACGCUCCAUCCCUCAUAGUCAGAGGGAUCUAUCUUCAUGUGUACGUUCGGCCACGUACAAAUAUUUUCGAUCUCUUUGUUUUAAUGUGUCUGUGCACAAGUGAUUUACUAAUUAUUUUAUUCUUUCACAUUGAAUGAUUAAGAUAAAUAGAGCACAAUGUUGAGCACAGUAGCACAGAAAUUGCAAUUCUUGUACAAACCGUAUGCGUUGGCCAUAGUUUCAGUUGGAUACGUACUUGGAGAGCUAGGUCAUUACUUAAUUGGUGUCACAAGCAAGGCGACGGCGGAGGAUCUCCACUAUGGUGAUAUUUCUUGCCAAUUAAACUCGACCACGUUAGCGAUUGUUGAUCUACCGAUUCAGUGCGAGGUUGCCAAAAAUGAAAGUUUUUGUGUGUCCCUGGAACUGAAUGGGACCAGCUAUUGCGAGUGGAACUAUAAUGGCCUUGGUCUCGACUAUCAAAUACUUGCUGGUCCGAGUUUCAUCGCCGUUUUCACGGUUAUAGGUGUCGCUUUAGGUAUUGCGGCCGAUAAAUACAAUAGAGUGAGAUUAUUAACCAUUUGUACGCUGGUAUUCAGUAUCGCUAUCGUUUUAAUGGGAGCAGUAAAAGAAUAUUGGCAAUUGGUUAUUCUACGUAUGGUUUUAGCAGCAGGGGAGGCAGGAUGCAAUCCCUUGGCUACGGGUUUGCUUUCCGAUUGGUUCCCAGAGGAACAAAGAGGACUGGUUAUGUCAAUAUUCAAUUGGGGCAUUUACGGUGGUUAUGGCAUUGCAUUUCCGGUUGGCCGUUAUAUUCCAGGAUUGAACAUUGGAAAUUUGGGUUGGAGAGCAUGCUACUAUGGAGCUGGUAUAAUCGGAUUGAUUAUAGCUGCUCUUACUUUUACUCUUUCUGAACCGGAAAGGAAGACGAUAGGCGAGGAAGGAGCAAAUGCCGAUGGGAAAAAAGUACCAAUUUGGAAAGUGAUCUUACAACCGAGGAUAAUAUUAUUAUGCUUGGCUGCCAGCAUCAGACAUUGCGGUGGUAUGUGUUUCGCCUAUAAUUGCGAUCUCUACUAUAGAGAUUACUUCCCCGACUACGAUUUGGGCUGGUGGUUGUUCGCAGUUACUAUAGUGAUCGGUAGCAUCGGUGUUGUGGUUGGUGGAGUAAUUAGCGAUAAAUUCGUCGCGAAAAUGGGUAUUAGAUCGCGGGUAGCUGUUCUAGCCAUUAGUCAAAUAAUUGCUACUCCGUUUGCCUUUGGCUCUGUGUAUUUCAAUCCUUUAUGGGCUAUCAUUACUCUUGGAAUUUCCUAUUUUUUUGCCGAAAUGUGGUUUGGAAUCGUGUUUGCAGUGGUCGUAGAAAUAGUUCCUCUUCACUUUAGAUCGACCACUGUUGGUGCUUUCUUAUUCGUUAUGAACAAUAUCGGUGGAAAUUUACCGAUACUCGUCGAGCCAACCAGAAUGGCUAUCGGUUUCCGAGAAUCUCUUUAUAUUUAUUACGCUGGUUUCUAUGGUAUUAGUUCUAUCAUGUUCUUUCUGACAAUGUUCUUGAUGGAUGGAGCCGUUAAAGAAGAACCAAAGACGGAAAUUAACAAUAAACUUGGAUAUGAUAAUAACAUAUUCAUUAACGACGAUGGACGAGUAUCGACUUUAGAACUUCCACGAUUAUAUCCACCACCACCGCAUCGAUUUGAAAAUUCUAAGUUAUAGAAAUAUCAUUUCCAAAAAUUUCAAGUUGUAUAUAAAUGAUCGUUUGUGAAAUGAAAAAAAUCCAUUUGUGAAUUUAAGUGACUGUAAUAUAUUUAUUUGAAUUAGUUUGAUUUCAAUGAUAAUUACAUUUUGAUUCUUCUUUUAUAAAAUAUGGAAUUACAUAAUAUUCACAAUUUUAAGUAAUAGAGAUUAAAAUGUUCAAAUGUUUUAUAAUUAAUAUUUUAAAAGAUUUGUAAUAAUUUUAAUUUUAUCAUUUUAGUGUUGAUUCUAAAUUUAAAGUUAAAAUAUUAUAUAAUAUAAUUGAUUUUGAAUAUUGUAGAAUUAUUUUUUGAUAAAAGAAGUCCAAAAUAAAUUUUUAUUUAUUGUUAUAUUAUUAAAAAACAACUUGUUAAAUAUACAUAUGUUUAUGUGUUUUCAUACAAAAAUACAAGUUCGAACAUAUACACACGAAGAACCAUCCGUGUAAUAUGCGGUAUAUGAUAGAUUUAUCAUUAUACUAUUUUUUUAUGUACAAAUUAUUUAAUAUAAAUAAAAAAGAUCUUUUAUUUGUAAUGUACAAAAUAGUCGGUAAACUAUCCUUGAUACUUCAAGGCUCGAUAGAUUUAUGAAAUAUUAUUAUUAUUGUUUGUAUAAUAUAUUUAAAGAUGUGUAUGUAUAUAUGUUUUAUAUACAUAUAUUUAUUUAUGAAAAUACUUUGAAAAAUUUAUCAAUAAUAAAUAGUUCAAGUGUUAUACGCUUAAGUGUCGUUGAAUAGUUCCCCAUUAAAUCGUGCCAAAUAUUUCACACAAAAUGUUAUUUAAUGCGCAAAAGUAAUGUAAUAUUUUGCGCAUCGCAUGAUAUAACUCACGUGAUAAUAUUGUCAUCACGUAUUCAUCAUAUAUUGGUGUGAAAUAAUUCAAUUAUGUGAUCCAAUAAUCAAGUAGAGACCACAAGUAUAUUUUUUACACUCAUGCAUAUUAUACUGAAGUUCAUAAAUAUUGUUUAAACCAAUCGUAUUGAGUCAAGUUAUAAUGUGAUUUUAAGAUUAUAAAGAAAUUUCAAAUUUUAAAUAUGUUAUUGUAAAUUUAAUGUGGACGAAAAUUAUUGUUAGAUAUCUAUUAUGACUUAUAUAUAUAACUUAUAUAUAUAAAUAAGCAAAAAGUUUAUAACAAAUAAAUAAUAAUCUAUUUACAAUUGGAUAAAGAAAACAAAUGAAUUCAGUUAAUGGAGGAAUAAAGAGACUUGGAACUUAUUAUACUGUUAUCCUAGUAGAUUCUAAAUCGACUAGAUCAAUCAAUACUUAUGGCCUCUAUUGUAGUUUAUAAGCAUUAUUUCUAUUAUAACUAUUAUUAUAUUCUAGUAAUUAUAUGUUUAUGCGAACACAAUGAUGCAUGAAAUUGCAUGUAUUAUUUUAUAGAUGUUGUGGUGAAAAAUAUGUCACCACUUGAAUAAAAAAAGAAUCUAUUUAUCUUUGAUACAGCCUCAUUGAUAAUAUUAUUAAUUUAAUUCUAUAAAUUACGUAAUUAAAUGUUACGUACAUAUCAAAUAACUUAUACAUAUACAUAAUACUAAUGAUAUCUCAUCUUAAAAAUGAAAUAAAACAAACAUAACAGUUUGUCUUACACAAAUUUAUCUGUGUAUUUCAUAAUUCACGAUCCUUGACAUAUUUCUUGUCUUAUUGUGAUUAUUUAAAAAUUUGUUAGAGGAAUUAUUAAAACAUUAUCUCGUAUAAUCAAUAUUGCAAGAUCUAAAAAAAUAAGUCAAAUAAUUUGAAAAUAUAUAGUAUACAUUAAAAUAAACAAAAUAAAAAUGUCUAUUAUAGCUAUCACUUUUCUCAAAAUUUUCAUUUUGCCCGUUUUCUCUAAUAAUGAUUUUUAUCUUUCUAGAAAAUUAUUUAACGAACUCUAUAUAUUUUUAAAUUAUUUGACCAUUUUCUUUAACCAUAUACAAUUAAUGCUUUUCGUUCAGUCUCUAUCUACCAACAUCUUAUCUGAAAUUCUUUCACAAAAAAAAAAA